AUGGCGCCCGUGAACGGCGAGGACUCUGUGUCAGAUUCAGGGACUUUUGUAGCUUCUAGAUCCCGGCGAGAAAAGAAAUCAAAGAGAGGGCGCCAGGAAGCUCUAGAAAGACUGAAAAGGGCUAAAGCUGGUGAGAAGUAUAAAUAUGAAGUUGAGGACUUCACAAGUGUUUAUGAAGAAGUUGAUGAAGAACAGUAUUCGAAGCUGGUUCAGGCCCGCCAGGAUGAUGACUGGAUCGUGGAUGAUGAUGGUAUUGGCUAUGUGGAAGAUGGCCGAGAGAUUUUUGAUGAUGACCUUGAAGACGAUGCCCUUGAUUCUCAUGAGAAAGGAAAAGAUGAUAAAGCACGUACCAAAGACAAGAGGAAUGUAAAGAAGGCUGUGGUGACAAAACCAAACAAUAUCAAGUCAAUGUUCAUUGCUAGUGCUGGGAAGAAGACUGCAGAUAAAGCUGUAGACUUAUCCAAGGAUGAUCUGCUAGGUGACAUUCUACUAGAUCUGAACACUGAGAAACCUCAAAUAACUCCACCACCUAUAAUGAUACCAAAGAGGAAAAGAUCCAUUGGAGCUUCACUGAAUCCUUUCUCCGUGCACACCUCCAAGGCAAUUCCUUCAGGAAAAACUGCUUCCCCUGUCUCAAGGAAGGAGCCUCUGUUAACUUCAGUUCCUCUUAAACGUGCUGAAUUUGCUGGAGAGCCGCUGCCAGCAUUGUGUAUAGAUGACAAGGAGGACUCAGGAGCAAUGGAUUUUGAAGAUGGUGACUUUGAUGAGCCCAUGGAGGCUGAGGAAGUGGAUGUGGAGCCUGUGGCUGUCAAGACUUGGCACCAAGAGAGUGAGCCAGCAGAGGGGGUGAAUCGUGAGGCAGAUCCUGGGAAAGGGACCACGUCCUACUUGGGAAGUUUUCUCCCAGAUGUUUCUUGUUGGGACAUUGAUCAGGAAGAUGACAGCAGUUUCUCAGCCCAGGAAGUCCAAGUGGAUUCCAGUCACCUCCCACUGGUAAAAGGGACAGAUGAGGAGCAAGUGUUUCAGUUUUAUUGGCUAGAUGCUUAUGAAGAUCAGUACAACCAACCAGGUGUGGUAUUCCUGUUUGGCAAAGUUUGGAUCGAAUCCGCCGAAACCCAUGUGAGCUGUUGCGUCAUGGUGAAAAACAUCGAGCGAACACUCUACUUCCUUCCCCGAGAAAUGAAAAUUGAUCUAAAUACAGGAAAAGAAACAGAAACUGUAGUUACAAUGAAGGAUGUUUAUGAUGAAUUUGAUGAGAAAAUAGCAGCAAAAUAUAAAAUCAUGAAGUUCAAGUCCAAGCCAGUGGAAAAGAACUAUGCUUUUGAGAUACCUGAUGUUCCAGAAAAAUCUGAGUACUUGGAAGUUAGAUACUCGGCUGAAAUGCCACAGCUUCCUCAGGAUUUGAAAGGAGAAACUUUUUCUCACGUAUUUGGGACCAACACAUCCAGCCUGGAAAUGUUCUUGAUGAACAGAAAGAUCAGAGGACCUUGUUGGCUCGAAGUGAAAAAUCCACAGCUCUUGAAUCAGCCAGUCAGUUGGUGUAAAGUUGAAGCAAUGGUCUUGAAACCAGACCUGGUGAAUGUGAUUAAAGAUGUUGGUCCUCCUCCACUCGUGGUCAUGUCUUUCAGCAUGAAGACAAUGCAGAAUGCAAAGACACAUCAAAAUGAGAUUAUUGCUGUGGCAGCUUUGGUCCAUCACAAAUUUGCAUUAGAUAAAGCGCCCCCACAGCCUCCCUUCCAGUCACACUUCUGUG